CAUUCUCAUUAUAUAAUUACAACAGCCAUGCAUGAAGUCUGUCUGUACAGGUAGCUUGAAACUGAAGCAUUGUCCUCAAAAUGAUCAAGGCUUCAAUGUCUCUAACACUCUCUAUGUUCUUAGUUCUUUUUUUACUCGGAUCAUUGGCAACGUGUGAAACAUCUCUUGACAAUUUUCUACAGUGCCUUCCUCGUCAUAGUCAUCCCUCUUACCCUGUCUCCAGAGCCAUUUACAGGAGAAGCAAUUCCUCUUUCGAACCAACUUUGCGAGCAUAUGCCAAAGCCAGCAGAUUUUUGACCUCAGCAACCCCAAAACCGCUUGCUAUAAUUGCUGCCAUGCAUGAAUCCCAUGUCCAAGCAACUGUUAUUUGUGCAAAGCGCAAUGGCUUGCAAAUCAGAAUCCGUAGUGGUGGCCAUGACUAUGAAGGGCUAUCCUACGUAUCUAAUGUUCCAUUUGUCAUUCUUGACAUGUUCAAUCUCCGUUCCAUCGAAAUCGAUAUUGUGAGAAAGAUGGCUUGGAUUCAAUCUGGGGCAACAAUUGGUGAACUUUACUAUAGUAUUGCCAAGAAGAGCAAUGUGCUUGCCUUUCCAGCUGGUGUUUGCUUUACUCUUGGAGCUGGAGGACACAUUAGUGGUGGAGGUUAUGGGAAUAUGAUGAGAAAAUAUGGUCUUUCGAUUGAUAAUAUCGUGGACGCGAAACUAGUUGAUGUCAACGGCAAAAUCCUUGAUAGAAAGUCCAUGGGAGAAGAUUUAUUUUGGGCAAUUAGAGGAAGUGGUGGUGCAAGCUUUGGUGUCAUUCUUUCUUGGAAGAUUAAUUUGGUUCAGGUUCCUCCCAAAGUGACAACAUUUAAUGUCGCUAAGACCUUGAAGGAAGGGGCAACAGAUCUUGUUUACCGGUGGCAAGAAGUUGCUAGUAAACUAGACCAAGAACUUUUCCUAAGAGCCUCGCCACAAGUAGUCAAUGGAGGCUCCGGCGGAAGCAAGACAAUUAGUGUUUCAUUCAUUGGCCAAUUUCUUGGACCAAGCAGCAAACUUCUUCCCUUGAUGAAAAUGAGAUUCCCUGAAUUGGGUCUGCAACAAAAAGACUGCAAUGAAAUGAGUUGGGUAGAAUCCACACUUUACUGGUUCGGUCGAAGCGGAAGAUCUCUUGAUGUUCUACUUGAUAGGCCUACCCAAACAAGCUUUUUCAAAAGAAAAUCUGAUUAUGUAAAAACUGUGAUUCCAAAGGAAGGUUUGGAGAACAUAUGGAAGAUGAUGAUCAAGGUGGAGCCCAUAUGGAUGCAAUGGAAUCCUUAUGGAGGAAGAAUGGAUGAGAUUCCGGCUACGGCAACUCCAUUCCCUCACAGAGCUGGAAACCUAUUCAAGAUUCAGUACUCCACAGACUGGAGUGAUCAAGAAGGAAGUGAGGCCACCAACCGUCAUAUAAAUUUGUUAAGACAAAUGUACGAGGCAAUGACUCCAUAUGUGAGCAAAAAUCCAAGGGAAGCAUUUCUCAACUAUAGAGAUAUUGAUAUUGGUAGCAAUCCUAGCAAUCAGACCACCUUUGAGAAAGCUAAGGUUUAUGGCAGCAAGUUGUUCAAGGACAAUUUUAUGAGAUUGGUGAAAGUGAAGUCAAAGGUUGAUCCUGAUAACUUUUUCAAGAAUGAACAGAGUAUUCCACAUGGUAUGGCUUGAGUAAUUUAUGACAACAUGAUACAUCGAUCAUAUGAUUCAGAUGCAGCUACAUCUUAUAUUGAUUCUAUAACUUUUUUUCUACUCUUUUU